GAAGAGCUUAGAGUAUUCAACAAUACUAGUAGUUCCACAAACAAAAACUUGCCAGGUUCUGCAUAUUUCAAGAAAAUCAAUGCUUUCAUUGGUAAUCAUUAUGUAUAUGGAGAACUGUUUAUGGAGUAUCUGAAAGGAGCAUGUGAAACCUCGACUGGACAACUAUGUGACUUCUGCACUAACACACCAUGGGUUGGUCCUCACAUGAACAGGAUUCCACAGCCAAUUCCAGAUUAUGAGAAAUUACCUUCAUAUCACUAUAGGUCAGUGUUUAACACACCAAUCAACACUGAUGCUGGUUUGCCAUGGGAUCCUGAUGAUUAUAUGCCACGAGCACAAUUCGGUAAGGAUUUUGCAGCUGGAAAGCGUAUACUUGGCAAUCCAGAAGAAGUGAAGACCUUUGCAAAAAAAUAUAUAGUCAAGGAGGAAUAUAUCACCCAGUAUGUUCAACACUUGCAGGAGCUAGAGUGGGCAAAAGAAAUCAGAACCAGAACGAGGCAAGCUGAUGCAGCUGAGAAGAAGAACAAGUCGUUUGAAGAUUAUGCAUGCCAGGAACUAUUAGAAGAUGGGAAACUAGGGAAACUGACAGUUGCUGAAUUGAACAAAUACCUGGCACAUCAUAAUUUGCCACUUACAGGGAAGAACGCUGAUAACGUUCGAACUAUUGUUAUGCAUCUUGCUGCUAUAAAUGUGCCAAUGGUAUUCAUUGAUGAUGAAGAAGAAGAACAGGAGAUGGAAGCACCCGAAGAAAUUAUUGCUGAGAUUGACAGUGAUGACUCAGAUGUGGCUAUUGAAGAUUUUGAAUUAGAUGAGAUUGAGACAGGAGAAGAUUCAGAUUCUGAUGAUGACGAAACUGUUUUGUUUCAAAGUUUAGUUGAUGCCCAGGUUACACGCCGUGGGAGACAAGUCAAACGUCACACUGCAAACGACUAUUUAUUUUACUGA